UGCAGCGCGCCGCCCGCCGCUGAGCUGCUUCGGCGAUCGCCACUCGACCGCGCCACUCACUCCUCAGCACCGCAACGCCCAAACAAACUCACCUCGUGCCGGUACGUGGCGCCGCCGAGCGCGCGGCAGGAGAAAGUGGGGGGAACCCCGAGGAAACGCGCCCCCGCGCAGGAGAAGACCACGCAACAGCGCGCCCGCGCACGGAGAAACCCCUGAAACGCGCGGCCCUCGCCCCGGGGGGGCCAGCAUGCCGCCCGGGCCCAUCCGCCGGCUCUCGACCGCCGCCGCCACGCCGCUCUCCAGCCUCACGGACGCGCUCCUCGCCACCCGCCUCGCGAGCCACCUCCUCACCACGCCGCACCUGCCCGCCGCGCUGCUGCCCGCGACGCCGCUGCCGCUCCCCGUCCACCUCCACAUCCUCCGCCACCCGGCCCUCCCGCCGGCCUCCAAGCUCUCCUUCUUCCUCGCCGCCACGCCGCCCGCCUCCUCGCUCCUCGCCUCCAACUUUCCGGUCCUCCUCCGCGCGCUCGCCGCCGGCUCGCCGCCGCUCCUCGACGCGCUCCUCCCGUUCGCGCUUUCCUCCCCGUCCCCGUCCACACUCCUCCCUGCCCUCCUCUCGUCGCUCCUCUCCGCCUCGCGCCUCGACGCCGCGCUCGCCCUCCUCGACGCCGCGCCACCUGACCUCGUCCCCCGCCUCGCUGCCGCUGCGCUCCCUUCUCUCAUCGCCUCCCCUGACCCCAUCGCCGCCGUCCCCGCCAUCCGCAGGCUGCUCUCCAUCGCCUCCCACCCGCCGCCUGCCCGUGCCACGAAUCGCCUCCUCCUCGCCUUGUCGAAGGAGAACCUCUACGAUGACUUCCGCCAUGUAUUCGAUGAAAUGUCAAGGAGGGGCCUCCCUUCGAAUGUUAGGUUCUACAACAUUUGCAUCCACGCGUUUGGCAAGUGGAGGCAGCUGGAUAUGUCGCUGAGGCUUUUUGCGGCAAUGAAGGCCGCCUCUCCUCCUGUUGUGCCUGAUUUAUGCACUUACAAUUCGGUUAUCAGGGCGCUUGUGGUUGGCGGGAGGGUUACUGAUGCAUUGGUGGCGUUUGGUGAAAUGAAGUCUUCUGGAAUUGAGCCUGAUGUGUUCACAUACCGGGCGGUCAUGAAUGGGUGCUGCAAGAGUUUUCGGAUAGAUGAUGCAUUGUGUGUGUUUCAGGAGAUGCGGGGGAGCAGUGGGGCAAGGGGUGAUGUGGUGGUGUACAAUUCGCUUCUCGAUGGGCUGUUCAAAGUGAAGAAGCUUGAUGAGGCUUGCAGUUUUUUUGAGACAAUGGUGGCGGAUGGGAUCCAAUGCUCGGCGAGCACGCACAACACUGUGAUUGAUGGGCUGUUCAAGAAUGGGAGGGCCGAAGCAGCAUGUCGGCUGUUUUAUGAGCUAAGAAGGAAAGGACAACUGUUGGAUGGGAUUGCUUAUAGUAUUAUGGUGAGGGAGUUCUGCAAGGAGGGGGUGGGUGACCAAGUUGCAGAGGCCAUAGAGUUGGUGAAGGAGAUGGAGGAGCGAGGCUUCGUUGUUGAUUUGGUUACUAUAACAUCAUUGCUGAUAGGUUUUAACAAGAGUAGGCGGUGGGACUUGGAAGAACAAAUAGUAAAAUUCAUAAGGGACAGCUCUGUAUUACCAGACGCCAUUCGGUGGAAAUCAAACAUGAUGGCUGCCUUGAGGGGACCACAGGACAGAGGGAAGUAUGGGACGCCAAUGUUUUCCUUUGAUGGUAAUAUGGAUGACGUGAUGAGUUUGGUCAAUCCUGUGGGGCGUACUGAUGCUGAUCAAGAAACCCCAAAUAAUGAUCCCAAGGAUGAUUGGUCAUUGUCACCACACUUGGAUCAUCUUGCUAAACAUGCUGACUGUUUGAACAGUUCUGUUAUAUUUACAAUGCACAGAGGGCAGAGGGUGCAAGGUAUGGGGGCAAAAACUUUUGAUGCUGACAUGGUCAAUACAUACUUGUCAAUCUUUUUAGCCAAAGGGAAAUUGAGUGUAGCUUGCAAGUUAUUUGAGAUCUUUACUAAUCUAGGAAGCAAAGGGACAAGUUAUACAUACAAUUCACUGAUGACCUCAUUUGUCAAGAAGGGGUAUUUGAAACAGGUAUGGGCAAUUCUUCACGAGAGGGGUGGACAACUCUGCCCCAAUGAUAUAGCGACAUAUAAUCUGAUCAUUCAAGGUCUUGGCCAGAUGGGAAAAGCGGAGGUUGCUAGCUCCAUUAUUGAUCAAUUAUCAAAGAAAGGUGUUUACAUGGACAUAGUCAUGUAUAAUACUUUGAUCAACCAGUUGGGAAAGGUUGGGAAGGUUGAAGAAGCAAGUUGCCUGUUUGAGCAGAUAAUCAGAAGUGGCAUGAAACCAGAUGUUGUCACUUUCAAUACCUUGAUCAAUAUUAAUGCAAAAGCUGGUAGAUUAAAGGAAGCUGACAAGUAUUUGAGGAGGAUGAUCGCAGAAGGCAUUGCUCCAAACCAUGCCACUGAAACAAUAUUGAUUUUCCUUGAUAAAGAGAUUGUAAAGAAAAGGCAGCAACGCAAAUGAACUAGUAAAAAAUAUGAAUGAAAACAGUGCCAUGGAAUCUUUUGUUUGUAUUGAUCAUUCCAAGGCAUGUUCUUGUUAUAUUCAAACUGACAAACUGCUCUUGAUUACUCUAGAGCUGGAAAACUGUAUACAACUACAUGUUUCAGGGAAUCGAUUUGGCUGAAGCUACUAGAGUGACCAUCACUUUUAGUACUCUCAUUGCUAUUCCUGCUUAAACCAUUAAGAAAGAUGCUUUGAUGUCUUGAUGGUUUAGAGAUGGUACCGUGGGUUUCCUGUAAACAUGUCAGAUAAUUGGGCAGCCUGUUGGCCAGAAGGAAUCAUUUAAUAUCAUAAACUGCACCAAUGGUAUUGAGUGGGAUCUUCCAGUACCAUAUCACGCAUUCAGAGUCUUGUCAAGAGGUAUAUACUUUAAAAGCACUUCCACUGUCUCCCAAGCUUGGUGUUUUGUUUCCUAUAUGUCAGGCUUUGGUGGGAGAACAACUAGCCGUGUCUAUGGUACCGAUAAGCUUAAGUGCAAUUAUCAUGCCACUCUUUUAUCAUGCAGGUUAACUGUCUGAAGCACGGCAAUAAUUUUUUGAAUAUAUAUUCUUCACUGAACAAGUUAUAUCCAAAUAUAUACUUUGGACUGGUGCGGCGAUACACGCCUUGUCACAUAAUAAGCAGAGUUGUACACAAGUCUUGAAGUAUUUUUGCCUUGGCCCUUGAAACACUCCAAGAGGUAAACAGUUGUAAUAAACCUGUGGUUUGUGCUUUUGAAUUUCUGCAACUCUCGAGGGUAAAGUAUAGAAAUACCCCUGGGCAGAAGUUGCUGGACGGUUUGCUGGUUUUCUGUAGUUAAGGCCUAGGGGAUAUGAUCACAUUGGAUCUGGAUCACUAUAUAACAGUUUCUGCCAAAUAGCCCCCUGUUUUAAAACAGUUUUGGAUCAGAUUUAAAUACUGGAAAGACUCGUGCUUCGAGCCAAAUUUCUUCCAUCCAGAUUGAAUUUCAAGACCUAGAGUCACAGUGUGGUCGUCUUCUCUGUUGCAUUGCAUGGCAUGUCUGUCUUAUUUUCACGUGCAUUGCCUUGGGCUGUGGCUGUAGCACGUUCAGUGUUUCCUGCUUCUCCAUCUUGCCGGGACUGCCCCAGAAUCAGGAAGAAAACACUGAGGCCUCGUCAUCUAAUAUUCUCAUCUUUAGAUGUGGGAGGGACUCAAUCUUCCCAUGACAGGAUAAAGCAACUCUCUCUCUAUAUCUCAUGCAGCUUGCCUUGUGUCGUGCUAUUUGGAGUUUAGGACCCCACACAGAAAGAGGUCCAAACAACAUCUAAACUUGAGAAACUGUCAUAGGAUUUCACAAUAAAGAUUACUGAGAUUUCCUUGAGUUCAGAUCGACAUGAUUCUCUUUGUUUUGCACCGUAGUUACCAUAGUUAGCGACAGAUUGAAAAUGCUUAGAAAUUACGAUGGAUGCUUGCUUGUGAUAUCUUUCUGCAAAUUGCAAGUAUUAUGAUGAUUGAUGAAAAUAAUUUUGAUACCUCUACAUACGAAAAACAUGACGCUAUCGAGUAUGGAUGACACACAUCUUUUUUUCCUUUCCCUUUACCAACCAUUCAAAAAUGAGCAAAGUGCUUAUCUGGCGCUUCAUUUUCUGCUCAUUCUUUUGUAACAAUAUACUUUUUUUAAGAGCACUAGCAAUAAUUUCUCACGUGUCUAAUCUGCAGUCCUACUUUCCUCAAUUAUUUUCAUUUUGCAUCGCGUUUUUUCUGUUGGUAGAGGCAACAUCCAUCCGAAUCCGAUAUUGACAAUACAGCAGAUCCAUAAUAGCAGGUACAAUCCGGCAAACAAGAUUUAAUCCUAGCCAUCCAUCUUUCU